GUAAAACCUAAACACAUCCUGUCAAACACAGUAGAAAAAUACCCCAGCCCAAGUGACCAAGAUGAUGACUGCAUUCUGGAAAUUGCUUUUUUACUGGACAGCUCUGAAAGUGCUAAGGACUACAAUCAUGAACAACAAAAAAAAUUUGUAUUAGAAACAGUAGACAGAAUGAAAAGUCUGCAGCUUAGUUCUGGACGUAGUCUCAGCUGGAGAAUGGCCUUACUCCAGUAUAGCAGCACUGUUUCCACAGAACAAACUUUCCGGGACUGGAAAGGUCCUGAAGCAUUCAAAUCCCACAUUGCUCCCAUCACCUACAUAGGUCAUGGUACCUAUACAACAUAUGCUAUAACUAACCUCACGCAGCUCUACAUGACUGAAGGGUCUCCAGGCAGUGUGAAGGUAACUUUACUCUUCACGGACGGAGUAGAUCAUCCAAGAAACCCAGAUAUCUUUGCAGCUAUAGCAGAUGCUAAACAUCAAGGAAUUGUGUUCUUCACAAUGGGAAUUACCAGAGUGGCUGAGGAGGCUGGCAAUGCUGCCAAGCUCCGGCUCCUGGCCAGUGUCCCAGCAUCCAGGUUCGUUUUCAAUCUCCAGGACAAAGGAACUGUGCAGAAGGUUCUCAAGGAAAUGGAAGAUCUGGCUGAGGAAGAAUGCCUGCAGGCUGCCAUAUGUAACUGUGAGAAGGGGGAAAGAGGUCUUCCUGGGCCUGCUGGCAAAAAGGGUCGCACUGGGGAUGACGGACUUCCAGGCCUGAAAGGAGCAAAGGGGGAGGCAGGUCUUAAUGGAAUCCCAGGAAGAGAUGGAAAAGAGGGGAAAUCUGGAUAUAAAGGAGAGAAGGGUGAAAGAGGUGAAUGUGGAAUCCCAGGCAUAAAAGGAGACAGAGGUCCUGAAGGUCCAGCUGGUCCCCAAGGAACAACAGGGCUGCAGGGUCCACAAGGACAACCUGGAGAAACAGGGCCAGAAGGCCUACAAGGAUCAAAGGGUGAAAGAGGUCUCCCUGGGCCACCUGGCUUGCCUGGAGAGACUGGAAUAGGAGUGCCAGGUCCAAAGGGCGACACCGGCUUGACAGGAAGACCAGGCCCUGCUGGCCCACCAGGAGUUGGUGAGCCAGGACUUGUGGGGCCUCAAGGACCACAAGGUAUUCAAGGAGAAAGAGGUUUACCAGGAGAAGGGCUUCCAGGAGCAAAGGGAGAGCGUGGUUUUGAUGGGCCAAAAGGCCCUCGUGGACUUCCAGGCAUCAGCAUAAAAGGUGAAAAGGGUGAAUUUGGCCUUCCUGGUUUACCUGGGCCAAUUGGACUACCUGGCAUUGGAAUUCAAGGAGAGAAGGGAUUGGAAGGCCCAAAAGGAUCUCCUGGUUCCAGAGGACUACCGGGACAGGGACUUCCUGGACCAAAGGGCGAACAAGGCUUGCCAGGAGAGACUGGUGUACCAGGAGAAAGAGGUAUUGGAGAACCUGGUUCUAAGGGUGAGCCAGGCCUUUCAGGACUCGCAGGUCUGCCUGGUCUUCCUGGAGAAGAUGGAGCCCCUGGACAAAAGGGUGAACCAGGACUGCCAGGUCUCAGAGGUCCUGAAGGUGCUCCAGGGACUGGAAUACAGGGGGAGAAGGGAGAUCCAGGUCAGAGAGGAAUACCUUAUGAGUGGUAUUCUUUUAUGGACUUAAAAGUUUCUAUACAAACAGCUACUGGAGAGCCUGGUGUGCCAGGACGUUUUGGAAUGCCAGGCCCUCCCGGAAGAGCUGUGCCUGGACCAAAGGGUGAUAUUGGAUUGCCUGGUCUUGCUGGGCCAGUUGGAGAACCAGGGUUUGGGCUUCCUGGGGCAAAGGGUGAACGCGGCCUUCCAGGACCUCCAGGACCCUUUGGGCCAAAAGGGGAUGGUUAUCCAGGUCCAACUGGCUUGCCAGGCCUUCCUGGAACUCCGGGUGAACAAGGCCCUGAUGGAGUUGGAUUACCAGGACCUAAGGGUGAUCCAGGCAGUAGAGGACCAAUUGGUCUCCCAGGUGCCCCAGGUGAAGGACUGCCAGGACCAAAAGGAACUAUGGGUCGCCCAGGGCCACCUGGAUCUCUGGGACCUCCCGGUGAAGGUAUUCAGGGAAUUAAGGGAGAACAAGGAAUUCAAGGAAUGCCAGGACCCCGAGGGCCUCCUGGAGAAGGACUUUUGGGACAGAAGGGAGAUCGAGGAGCUACAGGUGAAAGGGGCAAAAAAGGAGAAAAAGGCAACUUGGGUGACCCUGGUUUAUCUGGAGAACCUGGCAAAACUGGACCAAAGGGAGAACAAGGUCUAACAAGAGAAGACAUAAUUAAAUUAAUCAGAGAGAUAUGUGGUUGUGGAAUUAAAUGUAAGGAAAUUCCUAUGGAGCUGGUGUUUGUGAUUGACAGCUCUGAGAGUGUGGGACCAGAAAAUUUUGAGAUUAUCAAAGACUUUGUUACUGCUUUAGUAGACAGGGUUACUGUAGGUAGAAAUGCUACCAGAAUCGGCCUUGUACUAUACAGUUUAGAAGUUAGGCUAGAAUUUGAUCUGAACAAGUAUACAACUCAACAAGAUGUGAAACAAGCAAUCAGAAAAAUGCAAUAUAUAGGAGAGGGCACUUACACAGCAACUGCUAUCCGCAAAGCAACCCAGGAAGGAUUUUUUGGUGCUCGUACGGGUGUGCGAAAAGUAGCUAUUGUACUAACAGAUGGCCAAGCAGACAAGAGAGAAGCUGUAAAACUAGAUGUUGCGGUUCGAGAGGCUCAUGCAGCAAACAUUGAAAUGUAUGCAAUAGGAAUUGUAAAUACUUCAGAUCCAACACAGGUUGAAUUCGUGCGCGAGCUAAACCUGAUUGCUUCCGAUCCAGACAGAGAGCAUAUGUAUCUCAUUGAUGACUUCAAUACCCUUCCAGCUCUGGAGUCUAAAUUAGUCAACCAGUUUUGUGAAGAUGAACAUGGUGCCUUAAUAUAUAACCCUAAUGGAAAUGGUGUAAGCCUAAAUGGACCACCUGGCCAUUCAACGUCUUCAAGAUUUUCACAUUACUUACUUCAGAACAACAAUGCUAAAGAAAAAUCCCUUUCAGCAAAAAGAUCUGGAGUAUCUACUGUAGAAAUCCCUCUGAGUAUUGGCAGUCUUCCUCAAUCAUUAGCUCCGACCAAGCUACCUCCUAUGGCAGUUUAUGAAGUAUAUGAAGAAGAGGAGGAACAACAGUCAUUCUUGCAAUCAGUGGACACCAAAGAAAAUAUACCAGACCCCCGAUGCAAGUUGAGACUGGAUCAAGGGCCAUGCCGUAUUUAUAUCAUAAAAUGGUACUAUGAUAAACAGGCCAAUGCUUGUGCUCAGUUUUGGUAUGGUGGCUGUGACGGAAAUGCAAAUCGCUUUGAGAGUGAAGAGGAAUGUAGAGAGGCUUGUGUAUUUUUUUUCUAGUGAAAUCUGAUAUUUGGCAUGGAUUUUGCAAUGAAGACUUCACUUUAAACAGAAGUAUUCUCAUAAAUCCUAUUUAGUAACUCAAGUGUAAAAUAACAGU